CUCUUCCAAGCUUUGACUUUGUUCAAGUCCGCAUCCGGCUACAUUAAUGAAUUGGACCAAACGAUGAUUAUGUCGCAGAUGCAGUAUCUUACAAGCCGACGAUAUAAGGUGUCAGAUUUCUUAACCGUUGCGACAUGUCCAAAUACCUGAAAGAUCUCGUGGUUAGUCUUACAGACUCGACAAUAGCUUUUGACGACACCAUAAUUGCCAUCGGUAUCGAAGAGCUAAACGCAAAAGGCUUUGUCAAUCUCCCUGACUCGGAGUUCCCUGUUAUCCCGAAGUUCGAGCUCAAAGCAGAAGAACAUUUAACUGGAGCUUUUAUCCGAAAGGCGCGAGGUUGGGAACCUGUUGUUUCCUCAAUCCACCUGAUUCUCCGACCGCGGGUAUGGAAAAACAUAUCCACGGAAGACUACGACCUUGUCACUCCCGCUUUGAAGUUGGCUAGUCGGAUUCUGGAUGCUUUCAAAUAGAUGUAGACGAGGGACUGGUGGUCUUGUUCAGUAUACUAGCUAGCAACCGAG